AUGAAUCAUUUGCCAGGAUUAUUGGAAACUGAGCCAUCAGUUUGUUCUUGUCUUUGUGGCAAAGACCACAUUCGAGUUUUGAAUGAACAGGAAAAGGAGAAUUUCGAUCUUCCUACUACGGUUUCAACUGAUUCGAACAAGAAGAGUGAUCAAAAGAUUUCAAUUAUGUCAAAAAUUUGGAAUUAUUUUAAAAAAACAGCAAAUGUUGCUUUUUGUUCUGAUGAAAAUUGCAACUAUAGUAGAGAUUUUCUACCUAAAGCUCCAACAACACCAUUGAUUUAUCAUUUAAAAACGAAACACCCACAACUUUAUUCGCAGUAUUCAGAAAUGAACAAUAAAGUUAUUUCUAAUGAAAAAAGGGCACAAGUUCGUAUUGAAGAGGCAUUACGAAGUCAAUCAACGAGUAAAGAUUCUUUUGAUAAGGAUCGACCUACUAAGCAACCUAGGAUUGAAGUUGCAUUGGAAGCAAAAAGUAAAAAAAAUUCUUAGAAAUUUUGUCUAUAUUUUUUAGGUCAAUGGUCUAAAGAUGGUGAAAAAACAAUUGAAGUUAAUAAGGCAAUAAUGGAAAUGAUUGCAGUAGAUAUUCAGGUUUUGAGUUUUAAUUGUGUCAAUAUAUUAUUUAGCCUUU